CUUUAAAUCACCACCUCAUUUACUGCUGGUCAAACCUCUGGGUGAAGCACAGCUGUAUCAGACGCAGUGAUGGUGAAGACGGCGACUGCUGUACUGUCGGCCCUGCUGCUGUGUGCAUGGGGUGCACUGGCGCAGGAGUUUGUUUCAGCAAGCUUGAACAUCAUUGAAGAACUGGAGAAACUGAAGAACAUGGAACAAAGACUGAGAACCGUGGAAGAAAGGCUGCACAGCAGGAGCCACAUAGAAAAAAAGCUGCAGAAGGAGAAUGAAGCUCUGAAGACGACGGUGGAAAUGAUGCAGGCUACACUGGAAUCACUGCAGAGCGUUAAUGAAGCCAGACAAGUGGCCUUUUCUGCAUCGCUGUUUGCCUCUGGAAGUGGAUAUAUUGGACCCUUCAGGUCUGUGGAAGCUGCACUGAUCUACAGAAAAGUCUCAGCUAACUUUGGAAAUGGCUACAACAACGAAACAGGGAUUUUCACUGCGCCACUGAAAGGAGUUUACUACUUCCGAUUUUACGCUCACUGUCACACUGGCAACCAAAUGGCUGUCAGUCUGUACAAAAAUGAUAAGGUGCAGUGCUCUGUGUUUUCUGAGAGGCCUUGGACCAACGGCAACGCCAGCAAUGGGAUCGUUCUCAUUCUAGAGAAAGGAGAUCAGAUCUACACCAAGCUUUGGGACAAGUCCUGGGUUUACGAUGAUCAUGAAAGCUACACAAGUUUCGGUGGAUUUCUGCUUUUCCCUCUGUAAAUGUCUGUAAUAUCCACUAUCUGUUACUGAAUAUGAAAUAAAAUGAAGCAAUUACACUGAA